CCCUCCAUUUCCCCUUCCUCACCCAAAUUCCCCAAUCUCUUCCAAUUUCCACCAUGGAGAAUCUCACCUUCCUCAAAAAUGGCGUCCUCCGAUUACCCCCCGGCUUCCGUUUCCACCCCACCGACGAGGAGCUAAUCCUCCAAUACCUCAUUAAGAAAGCCCUUUCCUCUCCUCUCCCCGCCGCCGUCAUUCCCGACGCCGACGUCUGCCGUUUCGACCCAUGGGACUUGCCAGGGGAUUUGGAGCGGGAGAGGUACUUUUUCAGUACUAGACAAGCCAAAUACUCUAAUGGAAGAAGGUCGAACAGAGCCACCGGUUCUGGGUAUUGGAAGGCCACCGGAAUCGACCGCCGGAUUGUUUCUUCCAAGGAGAAUCGGUUGGUGGGGUUGAAGAAAACGCUCGUGUUCUACACUGGAAACCCUCCUAAUGGCUUGAGAACUGAUUGGGUUAUGCACGAGUAUCGCCUUGUCGGAGACUCCGAAGCUCCUCCUUCUGCCAUUAAUGGCGAACUACCCACCUUGAAUCAUAACUGGGUUUUAUGUCGGAUAUUUUUGAAGAAAAGCACAAAAAACAGAGACGAGAAGAAGAAGAUUUGUACACCAGUUUUUCAUCAAUUUCUGAGAGCAGAUUUGAAUCUAGCAGCUCCUUGUUCUUCAUCCUCUGGUUCAAGCGGAGUUACAGAGAUUUCAGUGAAUAACAACCAUCAAGAACAAGAACAAGAAGAAACCAGCAGCUGCCAUAGUUUAAGAAAUAGACGAUCAUAGACAACUUUAGCUUUUAGUAACUUGUUUUCUUUCUUAAUUAAAGAUCCAUGGCUUCCAAGAAAAUCUCAUAUCAAUCCUCUGUUAUUUAUCUCAAUGUAUAAAACUAAGCUUUGAAUGAAAUAAACGAAGCCCUGUUCUUGCAAGAAA